GUUUUAUCAUCACCAAUAUAGGGAAAAGCUUAUAUAAUUAUGCUCGUUUAAAUCCGCGUGAACAUUCCCGAAUACUUGAGCGUUUCGGCGUGACGUCAUGAUACGAAUAAAAUGCAUCACAGUGAUAUUAAUCCGGAGUAAUUGCAACAGAAACAACUGCGUCACAUGCAUCGUGCUGUGAUGUGGGGAGGUCACUGAGCAAUGCAGCAUAGGCUACAACACAUCACGCACCGGAACUCAUCGGAAAGUUGACUAAGUUGUAACAGGCAACGCAUAGCCUAGGGCAAAGUUCAUCAUGCAUGUAUUUUAACGCAUGUCGCGAGCAAAUAAAUUAAAGAAUGACAGGGCGACCGGACCAAUCCGCGAGUGGCGCGAUAAACUCUUGGCGACAGUGUGUCUGCUGCUGUCCAAUGGUUGCACGUUGAAGUACGGUAUCGUGGGAAAAGAGACGACAAAUAUAAAACGGCUUUAGCUACAGAAAACGCAGACUGUCACUUGGACUUUUUAAACGAACUAACCAAGUAAUGUGUGUUGCUUCAGAGACGUGCGACUAUUAACUUCGUAUGGUGGUGAAACUAUUAUGUAUGCCCUGUAAACGCAGGAUGAUAGAAAGUAAACAUAAGCGCAGCUCUUGUCUUGCGCUGGAGGAAUCACACAGGCGGACGCGUCCCUCCUAUUAGUGUGCGUGCGCGCGUGUUUGUGUGUCCUGAGGCAAAGCCUUUUGGCGCUGUCAACAAAGAGUAAAAAGGGUUUAUCAAAUGAACCAGGUAUGGAGACUAAAAGAUACCAAAGUUACUGCGAAGGGACAAAUGACGAAAACAAAUGGGCGCAGACGCCAAACACUAUGGAUUAUUGCUGUUCUGCAGAAGAGACAAACAGUGAUGUGCUAAUGGAUAUUGUUAACUCAAGCAGUGCCCCUAACGUGCCAUCUGUCUGCAAGACAACAAUGCAUAGACUUAACCAGAAUCAACCUUUAGCUUAUCCCUCCUUCAGCAACUCCUACCGCAACCGCAAGUCAGAAACAGACUCUAAGGAGCUCUCUAAAACUGUUGCUGAGUCUAUGGGUUUAUACAUGAAUGCUGUCAGGGAGGCGGACUUUAGCUUUGGCCAGCAAGGUACUGCAGGAGGGCAGGGUAGCCCGGGGAAACGGUAUCAUCUUUGUGGGAGAGCAAUUGAAGACAGCCAGCUUAGUACGACUGGGAGUCCAAAGAUGAAAGCCCCCCCAGUUUCAUUCCUAUCUGGGUCUCAACUACCCAAUGGUGGCCCCCAGGAGUGUGUUGUAGGCUCUCCCUCUGUGCUUGCCACUGCUCUGUCUUGCAGGCCCGAGGGAUCUGGCCCGAUGUCAAGUCCUACUGGAAACAACAUGGUGUCGUCCACUACAAGCCCCACCUGUUUCGAAUCUGAUUGCCCAUCAUUAGCUCCCGCUAGCUCCAGCUUGACUCAAGGACACCACACCAGCUCCAACACAUGUAGCCCCGUAAAGUCUAGCAUGGGGUCACCUCCACUGGCUAGUCCUCUCAGUGUUAUGAGGUCUCCGGUUUCCAGUCCACAAAGUAUGGGAAGCGUGAGGUCUCCACUUUCUUGCAGUGCAAAUGUGCGAUCAUCUAUUUCAAGCCCAACAGGAAAUGGAGGCAAUGGUGUUAACAUUAGACCAUCCAUUUCCAGUCCACCAACUGUUGGCACUAAGGCCAUGUCCAGUCCUGGGAACUCAUUCCCUGUCUCAAGUCCCCCUGGUGGACUGGGCCUUGUUCAAAACGAUGCAAACAGUCCUGAGGGCAGAGAGCAUGACUUCAAGGAAUUCGAGUUCCCCAAAUUGGAGAAUGUGGAUGGUGAAAUGUUUAACAUAGGCCUGGAUGCUAUGGGGGUGGCAAAAUAUAUAAAAAAUGAACCAGGCACCAAUUACAGGAGCAUGUGUCUAGGCAGCAGUAAGAGCACCAUACCGCACUCUCCUUAUGUAACCCAGAUUAAGACCGAGCCAAACAGAGAGGUGACUUGUUCAAACCAACAAUUUGGUGAGCAUCAGCCUUCCCUGGGCUGCUUUCCUUCUGCAGAGACCACAUAUCUGUCUUUGAGGGAUAAUAUUGAUGAAUAUAGUCUUUCUGGGAUAUUAGGACCUCCUGUUUCUUCUCUGAAUGGCAACUAUGAACCUGGUGUGUUUCCUAACAAUGGCCUGCCCCAAGGGAUUAAACAGGAAACCAAUGAUGGCAGCUAUUACCAAGAGAAUAAUAAUGUGCCCACGUCGGCCAUUGUUGGCGUUAAUUCAGGUGGACAUUCAUUUCAUUACCAGAUCGGAGCGCAAGGAACAAUGACGUUUUCACGCCACAGUUUGAGGGACCAGAUGAACCCUUUGUUGAAUCUAAUUUCUCCAGUUAGUGGAUUAAUCGAGACGUGGAAAACUCGCCCAGGCCUAUCACAGGGGCCUCUCUCUGCCAGGGGGGAGGGCUAUCCGGGCCCAGGCGGCCUUACAGAAAACAUGGAAAGUGCAUCUUUGAGACACACAUCUUCAACAGCAAAAGUGUGUUUGGUGUGUGGAGACGAGGCCUCGGGAUGUCACUAUGGGGUUGUUACAUGUGGAAGCUGCAAAGUUUUCUUCAAAAGAGCAGUAGAAGGUCAGCAUAACUACCUAUGUGCAGGAAGGAAUGACUGUAUCAUUGACAAGAUUCGCCGAAAAAACUGCCCAGCUUGCAGAGUGCGGAAAUGUCUACAAGCCGGGAUGAAUCUUGGAGCACGGAAGUCAAAGAAGUUGGGCAAGAUGAAAAGCGUUAGCGAGGAUUCUUCCCUACAGAACUCAAAAGACGGACCUCCUUUCCUGACCUCCGAGAAAGACUUGAGCUCCACCACAGCUCUCGUCCCCCACGUCCCCAUGGUUGCACCGUUUUUGUCACCUUCCGUCUGUAGCAUCCUGGAGCUCAUUGAACCUGAAGUGGUGUUUGCCGGCUAUGACAACACACAGCCUGACACCACCGACCACCUGCUCACCAGCCUCAACCAGCUCGCCGGCAAACAGAUGAUCAGAGUGGUCAAAUGGGCCAAAGUACUUCCAGGUUUCCGCAGUCUACCCAUUGAGGACCAAAUCACGCUGAUCCAGUAUUCCUGGAUGUGUCUCUCCUCCUUUUCUCUCAGCUGGAGAUCUUACAAACACACCAACGCCCAAAUGCUCUACUUUGCCCCUGACCUCGUCUUCAACGAGGAACGUAUGCGGCAGUCAGCCAUGUACGAUUUGUGUUUGGGCAUGCGACAGGUGAGCCAGGAGUUUGUCCGUCUACAGCUUACUUACGAUGAGUUCCUCGCCAUGAAGGUGCUGUUGCUGCUUAGCACAGUGCCCAAAGAUGGUCUGAAGAACCAAAAGGCAUUUGAGGAGAUGAGAGUGAAUUACAUCAAGGAGCUCCGUCGCUCUGUUGGAAAGGCCACAAACAAUUCCGGUCAGACAUGGCAGCGCUUCUUCCAGCUCACCAAGCUAUUGGACGCAAUGCAUGAACUCGUGGGGAGCCUGUUGGAUUUUUGUUUCUACACUUUCCGUGAAUCGCAGGCCCUGAAAGUCGAGUUCCCCGAGAUGCUGGUGGAAAUUAUUAGCGACCAGAUACCAAAGGUGGAGUCAGGCCUAACGCACACCCUCUACUUUCAUAAAAAAUGACAGAAACACAAGGGAUCAAACGAGAGGAAAUGCCGAGGACACCCAGCCCUCAGAGAGAGAACAAGAGCAAGCCCGCUAUGCACAAAGCAAGGCGUUUCAAGGCAUGGUUAAAAGCCAUAUAAUGGCUGGAACGGUCAGGGAAGACGAAGAGCGAUCUCUGUAGCCGGACAGCAGAGAAGAACUCAUAUUUCACGUGACGGUGUGCAUCUUACCCCCAAAGACAAUGCUGACAAUAUUGUAUAUGGAUAUGAAGCCAUAUUCUUUGGUAAAGCUAAAGUGCACAUGCACGUGUGAAUAUGUCACAGAAACAUGGACUCACACACACUAGACACGUCCAGUGUGCCAGUAAACAUGUAAAUGACGUUGCAUUUGUUAUGAAAGUCUAUACAUUUGCUACUUUUAAUAUUAUGGGCGACAUACAUUUAAAAAAAUCAAUUUUCUUUUUUUUUGCUAAUUAAAAGCAGAUGUCCAUAAUCAUAAAAAUAAAUAGUGUAUUUGUGAAGAGAAAGUGAGGUAGGACAUACACCAAGGGCUAUAAUACAGUACUUCAAAGCUGAAUAGUUACUACAGUGAUUGGUGUGUUUCACUUUCAUACUAUUAUAGAUACAGUUAAAAUAUUAAAGUUUUAACUCAAACUAUAAUAUUUAUGCUUAUACUAAAAUUUCUGUCGGUGAAAAAUAAUAAAAUCUAUAAAUCUUAAGUUUAUUAAGUUAUGCAUCAUAGCCCACAGCUGAGUUGAGAUCGUAUAUUUGCAACAUAAGGGUGCAGCUGUGAUGUCACUUCAUUUCCAUAACACCAAUAAAUCAUUUGGUGGCUGAAGUGUUUACAGACUAAGCAUUGGCCACUCUCAUGGAGUGCUGAAGGGGAACAAUGAUAGACGAUGAUCUGAAAUAGGGCAGCUCGACAAAACCGCUAUUGAGACUAAGAAAUAACAUGCUUUUUACGUUUGCAAUACAACAACUAUUGUGGCUCUUGUUAAUAAACAGCUCACUUAGACACAAAUGCCAUAUUUUGUGUGAAAGCUAAGACUGUAGCACAUAAAUUGUAUCUAAGCUGUAAGUAACCAGCUCCCUUUUUUGACGUUAAUGAAAAACAAUUUACAGUCCCACGGAGGAAACCGUUUUCUAUGAGUGUGAAUUUUUUUGUCUUUAAAGAACCAAUCAAGCUGGAAGCCAUUUUCUAACAAGGUGCUUCUUUUUCUUAACAUAAUAAGUAGAUGUACAAUUUUCAGUAGUAGCACAUGUACAGUUAGAUAUGGGGAGAACUGAGCUUUUCUGAAGCAUACAGCUUUCAUAUUAGUAAAUAACAAUAACCUGCUCACAAACACAGUAUAUGUGAAAUAAUCUUGCAACUAUAAACCUGUUGCUCGUAGGCAUAUUUUUCAAAUGUUGUACAUAGGAUUUUGAUUUAAACCACCUUUUAUGUGGCUACUUGGAAAAACGCCAGUAAUUUUGUUUGUUUUUUCUUUAAAGAACUGUACAAAAAAUUUAAUAUAAACCACUGUUUCAUAAUCCCACUAAGCUACUGAUAAAAGCAAGUUUAAGAGGUACUGCUUUGUCUGCAAUGCUGUGAGUCCGAGGACAUUGAAGGUGGCUUGUGUGCGUGUAUGAUUUGUUUUCUCUCUCUUCAUUUCUUAAAGGGACACUUCACUUUUUUUGUAAAUAUGCUCAUUUUCCAGCUUCCCUAGAGUUAAACAUUUGAUUUUUACCGUUUUGGAAUCCAUUCAUCUGAUCUUCGGGUCUGACACUUUUAGCAUAGCUUAGCAUAAUCCAUUGAAUCUGAUUAGACCAUUAGCAUCGCGCUAAAAUGAACCAAAGAGUUUCCAGAUGUUUCCUAUUUAAAACUUGACUCUUCUAGUUGCAUCAAUGUACUAAGACCGACGGUAAAUUAAAAGUUGUGAUUUUCUAGACCGAUAUGACUAGGAACUACCGUAUUUUCUGGACUAUAAGUCGCUCCGGAGUAUAAGUCGCAUCAGUCAAAAAAUGCGUCAUGAAGAGGAAAAAAACAUAUAUAAGUCGCACUGGACUAUAAGUCGCAUUUAUUUAGAAAAUUAUUUUUCUUUUUGGGGGCAUUUUGUUUGUUAAGUCUUUCUCUGUUGUCUUUAAAUUAAUGUUUCAGUUAACAGUUUUUUUCAGGAUUAGGCUACAGGAGCAACAUAUAGCACCCUCUCGUGGCUGUAGACGGUAAUGUUUUCUUUUGGUUCAUGUUAGUCAGUAUGAAUUAAUUUGACAUAUAAGUCGCACCUGACUAUAAGUCGCAGGUCCAGCCAAACUAUGAAAUAAAGUGCGACUUAUAGUCCGAAAAAUAUGGUAUACUCUCAUUCUGGCGUAACAUUCAAGGACUUUGCUGCCGUAACAUGGCUGCAGGAGGUGCAAUGAUAUUACGCAGUAGCCGAAAAUAGU